GUGUGAGAGAGAACAAAGCAAGAGUGGAAUGCCUCUGCUUGCUUUGCUUUGAGAAAUGUGUGCCUAUGCUCCUUUUUUGGAUUCAUUUCAGAUGUCUUUUAUAGUAACCUGUUUAUGGGAUGGAGAAGAGCCCCAUGGUGCAGUGUGCUAAAGCUGCAGUAUUGCAGUCCGAAGCUCUGCUCAUGACCUGAGUUUGAUCCCCGGCGGAAGCUGGGUUUUCAGCUAUCGCUCAUCCAUCCACUCUGCGGGAUUCGAGACUUUUGAUCGGCUUGAUAGCCCACCCCCCCUCCCCAGGCAAGUCUCAUCAGAUCAGAUGUCCUCUGUGAAGCAGGUACUUGCAAGAGUGAAUUAAGAGCUGAUGUGGAAGGAGCCAAAGAUGUUCUUGCAUCGCAACAGAGAGGAAAUGGAGCAGGUGGAAAUGACACAGGUAGAUCCCCAGGUCAAAGUGCCAAAAGCACUGAGGGCAGAGCCAGGAAAUUCUAUAAGGGAGCUGGACAGACUGCAAUCAAAAGUGGACAAGGUGCUUGGCAGAAACCCAGAGGAUGUUGUCGAAGGCAAAGACCCUACACAGCAAGAGUUUCCAAUGGAGGUGCAGUUGCCUAAUUCAGGAUGGGAAAGGCCAAAGCCUGUCUUAAGCAAUGUUACCAAGGCCUGUCUGUCCUCACUCAAAGGGGGAAAUAGUCAAAGAGACGGGGCAAGCCACCUCCAUCCAGGCCUUGCUGGAGAAGGUGAGGAGGCCUAUAGCUGCUCAGACUCCGGGGCAGCUUAUGAGAGUGAGGUUGAGGCCACAAGGAAAGAUGCUGCCGUCAUGGAGUCCCAACGGCAGAACUUCCGGCAGUUCCUCUACCAGGAGGCUGAGGGCCCCUGCGAGGCAUGCAGCCAACUCUGGUACCUCUGCCAUCGGUGGCUGAGGCCGGAGAGGCACACCAAGGAGUGGAUCCUGGAGGUCUUGAUUCUGGAGCAGUUCCUGGCCAUCCUGCCAUCAGAGAUGCGAAACUGGGUGAGGGAACACGAACCAGUGACCUGUUCCCAGGCGGUCGCCCUGGCUGAGGAUUUCCUGUUGAAGCAAGAAAAGGCUGGGAGACCUGACGGACAGUUGUUUCAGGUGGCUGCCAUCCUUUCUCCUGAGGCAGAUGGAGCUCCUUCAGAUAGCGGAGAGAAGCUGUUGCGUCCUGAAGUCAAACAAGACGUAAGAUGCUUGAGUGGGGAUGAAGAGGAGGGCAGGCUGUUGCUGAGAAACCCUUUGUCUGUGGAGUCUCGUGGGAAGGAAAUAUAUUUUCGACACCUGCCUGCAAUAACAGAUUCUCCAGUUUAUUCAGAGGUAAAGCUGGGAAGCCAUCCAGAAGACAGUGGCAGCAACGCAAAAGAAAUCUUGCUAGAACUCCAUGAACUUGGGGCCCAACAGACACCUCUGAAAGGCAAGAAACAGAGGACUUGCAGCGUGUGUGGGAAAAGCUUCAGCCGAAGCACCGGUCUGAUUGCGCACCAAAGAAUCCACACUGGAGAGAAACCAUACGAGUGCUCGGCCUGUGGGAAAUCCUUCACCUUGCGGUCCAACUUGAUUUCACACAAAAGGACCCACAAUGGAGAAAAACCAUACCCAUGCCAUGAGUGUGGGAAAAGUUUUAGUGUCAGUUCACAGCUCAUUAAACACAAAAGAACCCACUCAGGGGAAAAACCGUACAAGUGCAUGGAAUGCGGACAAGCGUUCCGCCAGAGCUCACACCUUAAAAACCACCAGAGAAUCCACACGGGAGAUAAACCGUUUAAGUGUUCAGACUGUGGGAAAGGCUUCAGCGUGAGCUCAGACCUGAUUAGGCAUGAGAUAUCCCACACAGGGGAGAAACCAUACCAGUGCCCGGAUUGCGGCAAACGGUUCUGCAACAGCUCACAGAUUAUUACUCAUCAGCGUGUUCACACGGGAGAAAAGCCUUAUAAAUGCCUGGAAUGUGGGAAAAGCUUCACUGUGAGCCAGCAGCUCAGCCGGCACCAGCGAGUUCACACUGGAGAGAAACCGUAUAAAUGCCCUGAGUGUGGUAAAACCUUUGGUGUCAGCACUCUUCUUACUGGACACCUGAGGAUUCACACAGGCGAGAAACCAUAUGAAUGCUCAGAAUGCGGAAAAAACUUCAGGUUACGUUCAAACCUUAUUGCGCAUCAGAAAAUACACGCUGCGAGGAAAUCUUAGAAACUGUUUGUUGUGGGAAUAAAAAUGGGAUUUCCUUUAA